AUGACUCGAGCGGCAGUACCGCCGAUUCUGUUGCAGCUGCACAGCUCGGAGUCGGUGUCCUCACAGGCGGAAUCUCUGCGCACCCUCAAGAACGAGCUGAUCGGCCAUGACCAGCGCAAAGAAACCUAUGUGACCUCGGGGGUCCUCCCCGCUCUGGCCCAGGUGCUUUCGACCUAUCGACCUGGAGGAGUCGCUUCAGCAGAUCCCAAUGGAUCGGCUCCUAAUCCGGUAAACUAUCGCACCUCCAGUGAAUAUGAGGCAUGUCUGCAAUCAAUUCUGAUUGUGGGAAGUGUGGCGCAAGGUGGCCCGACAUUCCUCGCUCCGAUCUUCGCCAGUGAAAUCAUUUCUAUCCUCCUCGCUAUUCUAUCCUCACCGGAUUGCCCGCAAUCUUUCAGUCUCCCUAUAUUGCGGCUGCUCAACACCAUUGCCGACCGGCUACCAUUACAAAGCCAGGAACAAUGGCCGCGAGAUACCCGCCUAGCAGACCUUGUAUUCUCAAGCGAGAAUGUUGGCGCCUUGAGGCGGAUCAUCGCACAGGACUAUGACAGGUUGAAAAACCAAGCCUGCAUUGAGCUGGCAGCUGCUUUGAUUGGCAAGUUAUGCUCAGAGGAGGUACACAAAACGACACUAGCGGAAUGCGGAGUGCUGGAUGCUCUGUCCGUCAAGUUGGCCUCUUUCGUUGUGGCACAGGGCUUUGUUCUGCCUGGUGCUCAGUAUCAUCUCCAAGAGCCCGGCGCGCUGGGGGAAUUACCGGCGCCAGCACCGGCAUCUGCCCGCUUGGCGCCAAUCCUUCGUGCAAUCACGACCAUCAUCGAACAAUCAAAGUGGAGGGCAGAGCAUUUCCUCUCCUCGCCUGGCCUGGUCACGGUAUUCCCAAAGCAGGUUCCUGGAUUUGCCGCAGUCGAUGUCAAACGAGGCCCUUGGGGCUCAACUUAUCUGUCCGGUUCGGCAGUUCCUCGCCAUCCCGGUGCAAACCCAGUGGAUCACCUCUUGCCGUCGGUUCCAUUGACCCACGAGAAGUCAUCUCCAAACUCAGCCAAUUUUCCACCUUUGGGCAACUCCGGCUCGCAACGUCGCCAAAGUCAUUCCUAUCCUACUCCGUUUUCGCUGGCCGAGACGCCCUCCCCAGAAGAUGACGAGAAUUCAAUCAUCCCAUGGCUGAUGUGCAUUCUCCGAUCAGAAACCGGAAUUGCCCGUCUGAUGGCCGCACGUUUGGUGACUGUCCUGUUCCGUCUAGGACUCGCUAGGAAGCAUCGAGUCCCCAUGUUCGGGUUUUUGUUAGUCCCGAUCCUCAUUCGAAUGCUGGACCGAGACUUCAAGUUGCCAGAUGAACAAGGCUCCAAUGAUGAUGGGCUGAUCACGCCUACGCAGCGUGCCAAAGAAGAGGCACCAGCCGUGUUAGCUAAUUUAGUCAUGGACGACCAAGAGCUUCAAAAACAUGCAGUCAACGGCAAUGCGCUCAAGCGUCUAUCUCAAAUCCUCAAGGAAACAUAUAAUCCAGUGGCAGAGAACUUACGCGCGAUGUGGUAUGCUGGCGGAGACAGCCCGGCCCGCGACCCUGAGACAGUGUCGCCUGAGUGCCAGCUUGGACCUUCUGGAUACUCGCCCACAAUGUGUCAUAUAAUGCGAUAUCGUGAGAGCAUCCUCAAAGCAUUGGCAGCUUUGGUACCGUUCAAAGACGAGUAUCGCAAAUCCGUUUGUGAGAAUGGCGUGGUCCCCUACAUCAUCGACUCUCUCAAGCCUCGGCCGAGUGAUGCCCCGGCCGACGCCAUUUCCAUGCCUAAGAACUCAGCAGCAGAUGGCAACCCCACGCCAACACUUCUGGCUGCUUGUGGUGCUACUCGAAUGCUAACUAGAUCCGUGAGUGUUCUCAGAACCAGCCUUGUUGAUGCAGGAGUCGCCGAGCCUCUGUUUGCGCUCCUCAAGCACCAUGAUCUGGAAGUCCAGAUUGCGGCAACUGCGGCUAUUUGUAACUUAGCCUUGGAUUUUAGCCCUAUGAAAGAGGCAAUCAUUUCAGCGGACAUCAUUCCCAUUUUGUGUGAACAUGCCCAUUCCCCAAAUACCAAAUUACAGAUUGAAUCCUUGUGGGCGCUCAAGCAUGUGGUGUACAACACAGCCAACGACAUCAAAAUGAAGGUCAUCGAGGGACUCGGCUCAACCUGGAUCCGACAAGUCGUCAGCCAAGACACCACCAGCGCCGCUCGACGCAACGUGGACGAAGAAACAGACCAGGCCGCAAGCGUCGCCAUGGGCCGAGCAAACUCAGCAGGCGAACAAGUCGACAUCCUCAACCCGAUGGAAGAUAUCGACGGACUAGCCGAAGACUUCAAAAUGACCGACACGCCCCCAUCAAAAAUGAAUCUCGACCUGUUUCUCCCGGACGCCCGACGAAGACGCAGACUCGUUCUCCGCGGAACAAUCGAACAGUCCACGCAAACCCGCCAAGACGACAUCUCCGUCCAAGAACAAACCUACGACCUAAUCCGCAACAUAAUCUGCGGCCCCGGCGCAAACGAGAUGAUCGACUUCCUCUUCAAAGAAGUAGGCCAGGAAGAAUUCCUUGAUGCUCUCGCAGACAAUCUCCGCCCGCGCAGCAUCCAGCUCUCCCACCGCCGUGAAAAUCCCACUCGCGCAAUCCAGGUCCCCGUCGAGAUCCUCAGCUCUGUUAGCGCCCUCGUCAUCCACAUUGCCGCUGGCCUCCCGCGCCACCGUCAACUGCUGGUAUCACACAAGGACCUUCUCGUCUCGAUGGUUGGCCAUUUCAACCACCCGAAUCGCGAGGUCCGGGUUAGCUGCGUCUGGGUUGUGAUUAACCUAGUCUACGAGGAGGACCAGAGCGACCAUGAAGGGUGUCGCGAACGAGCCGCCCGGCUUAAGGAGCUGGGCGUUGUUGAGCGGUUGGUUAGCCUUGAAGAGGAUUCUGAUUUGGAUGUGAGGGAGCGCACGAAGACGGCGGUGCAUUUGUUGAAUACACUUACUUCAUGA